AUUAAACUCCUCCUAGAAUUCCAUGUAGAAAGCCUAUUCAUUCAUUCACCUUUUGUUUACAAAUUUUUUUAUAAAGUAGGAUCAGUGGCAGCAUCGUUUGCACUCCACAUGGGGAGACACACUUGCUGUUACAAGCAGAAGCUAAAGAAAGGCCUGUGGUCUCCAGAGGAAGAUGAGAAACUUUUGAAUUAUUUAACCAAGCAUGGACAUGGCUGUUGGAGCUCUGUCCCCAAACUCGCAGGCCUACAAAGGUGUGGAAAGAGUUGCAGGCUAAGGUGGAUCAACUACUUGAGGCCCGAUUUGAAGAGAGGAGCAUUUUCACAGCAGGAAGAGAACUUGAUUAUUGAACUCCAUGCAGUGCUUGGCAACAGAUGGUCUCAGAUUGCAGCCCAGUUACCCGGAAGAACCGAUAAUGAGAUUAAGAACUUGUGGAAUUCCUGCAUCAAGAAGAAGCUGAGGCAGAGAGGCAUUGACCCCAACACUCACAAGCCUCUCUCUGAGCUGGACAUUGAUAAAGAGAAGCGGGUCACAAACAAUGACAAGGCUUCUAGUGUGUCCGGUGAACUCAACCUCAUCGAGGCAGCAAAGUCAAAAUCAUCUUCGGCUUCUUCUGGCUCCAGGAUCGCCAACAACAAGGACAACUCAAGCACUCAUGAUUUCUUCCUGGGGAACUCUGGCAAUACCAGUUCCAGGCCUCCUGGCCUGAUGGGGUGUUUUACUUUCCAGAAGUUGAAUUACGGGACUAAUAUUGGGCUAUCUGUGAAUCCAAAUACUGCUGUUUGCUUUAAUCCGGGCUCUAGUUCCUCUGAGAUGAUUUCUGAAUUCAAUCUUAGCAAUUCCUCCAUUUUCUCAUCAAUGUCAAACUCAAUCUUCCAAACCCCAAUACGAGUUCCAUCAGUAAUUCUUCCCACUGAUGAUCCUUCUUUAGGAUCUAAUAGAGUCCAGAACUGGGAAGGAAGCAGCUUCAGCAAUAACUGUGGAAGCCAAAGCACAAGUUAUAGCUUUGACAACAAUGCUUUCUCUUGGGGGCUGUCAGAUUGUGGAAAAUCAGUUGAAGAAGGAGAAGUCAUAAAAUGGUCCGAAUAUCUGAGUACACCAUUUCUUCUUGGAGGCACUGGCACUGUACAGAAUCAAACAUCACAACCCAUGUACAGUAAUGAGAGCAAACCAGAUACAAACUUGAUAGCAGAUGUACCAGGCAGCACGGCUUGGCAUCAGAACCAGCAUCAACAAGGUAAUUCACAGGCUUCCAAUGUAUAUACUAAGGAUCUCCAGAGACUUGCUGUGGCCUUUGGACAAACCCUUUAGAAGUUUAAUGAAAUUCAGGUGAACAAGAGCACAUAUAUGGGAAUUGAGGUAAUUGCUUGGAGAAACAUAUUAUGUAUUGUGCUUGUGGAGAAAGGAUGUGUGUCUGUGUUAUAAGAUAUUUCUCUUUUGGUUUUGUAAAUGUAUCUGAUAUAGAACCUCUUUUUUCAGCAUUUAUCAAAUAAAUAUAUUUGUGGUUGAACUGAGAUUCGAUUA